GUGCGAGGAAACACUCAAAAACACAAAAACAAUGUUGAAGGAAGAGAGCUGUGAGGUUUUGGAUUUGGAUGUUACCAUUGGGAGCAGCAGCGGCAGUGGCAACAAGCAGAGCUGGGCUCGGGUCUGCGACAUAUGCCGUUCCGCGGCAUGCAGCGUUUACUGCCGGGCCGACUUGGCGUACCUCUGCGGGGGCUGCGACGCCCGCGUGCAUGCGGCCAACACCGUGGCGGGGCGACACGAGCGCGUGCUGGUGUGUGAGGCGUGCGAGAGCGCGCCUGCCACGGUCAUAUGUAAGGCGGAUGCUGCUUCGCUUUGUGCAGCCUGUGACUCGGAUAUCCACUCCGCCAACCCGCUGGCACGCCGCCACCACCGCGUCCCGAUUCUGCCCAUUUCAGGCACUCUUUAUGGGCCUCCCACUAGUAACCCCUGCAGGGAGAGUUCCAUGAUGGUUGGGCUGACGGGAGAUGCCGCGGAGGACAAUGGGUUCUUGACUCAGGAUGCAGAGGAAACUACCAUGGAUGAAGAUGAAGACGAGGCGGCUUCUUGGCUGCUGCUUAAUCCUAAUCCUAAUCCCAAUCCUAAUCCCAAUCCUGUCAAGAGCAACAACAGUACAAACAUGUGUAAAGGAGGCAACAACAACAACAAUAACGAGAUGUCAUGCGCAGUAGAGGUUGCGGAUGCUUACUUGGACCUUGCUGAGUUUAGUUCAUGCCAUGACAACCUGUUUGAUGACAAGUAUAAUAGCACAAAUCAGCAGCAGAAUUACUCUGUUCCUCAGAGGAAUAUGAGCUAUGGAGGGGAUAGCAUCGUCCCCAAUCACGGGAAAAAUCAAUUCCAUUAUACACAGGCACUGCAGCAUAACCACCACCGCAAUUUUCAGCUGCAAGGAAUGGAAUAUGAGAAUUUUAACACUGGAUAUGGUUAUCCAGCGUCCAUCAGUCACAGCGUCUCCAUUUCUUCCAUGGAUGUUGGUGUUGUUCCAGAGUCUACCUUGAGUGAUGUCUCAAUCUCCCACUCAAGACCCCCGAAAGGAACAAUUGACCUCUUCUCAGGUCCUCCAAUUCAGAUGCCUCAACAGCUUCAGCUUACUCAAAUGGACAGGGAGGCCAGAGUUCUCAGGUACAGAGAGAAGAAGAAGACCCGCAAGUUUGAGAAGACAAUCAGGUACGCCUCAAGAAAGGCCUAUGCAGAAACCAGGCCAAGAAUAAAAGGUCGAUUUGCAAAGAGAACAGAUGUAGAUACCGAAGUUGAUCAGAUUUUCUAUGCACCAUUGAUGGCAGAAAGUGGAUACGGAAUUGUUCCAUCAUUCUGAAUCCAAAAACAGAGACACUUUUUAGAGUUACUUCAAUUAGUGUAUUCUUAAGCAUAACUGGUUGUUUCAAUAAUGAGAUAAGCCCAUUAACUAUUCCAGCUCUCGAUCUUGUUGUAAUUAUUACCUGCAUAUAUGAAUAUUCAUUUAGUGACC